AACAACAAACACUAAAACUUACAACCAAUGGACGAAGACUACGAAAAGGAAUUGCUAGCCGAUCUUCAAGGUUUAAGUGAUGGGGAGGAGCUAGAUAAAGAUGAAGAUCUCGUUUUAAAUAACGAACAGGGCAGUACCACAGACUCAUUUGAGCAAAGACUCCAUGAUGUAAUUGUUGCCAAUUCUGUAUCCAACUCCUUCCAAUCAAUACUAAACAACCCAAAUAUAGAAGAAAUAGAUGACUUGACGUCUCUUUCUAGGAUAUAUCCUUUAAUACCCGAACUAACAGCUAAAAUAGAGCAAUAUGCCAACGACGAAGAGACUGAUUAUCUAGAGUUGUUGUCUUCGUUAAGUACUGGAAUGUUUGACCAGUCAAACGAAUACAAGUUUAUCCUUACUGUCAAUGAAUUAUCUACAAUCAUUAAUAACGAGAUAUCAGUGUUUGUCACCUUGAUUAAAAUGCAAUAUAAAAUUGUAUUUCCUGAGUUGGAAUCGUUAAUUAUGAAUCCAAUAGAUUAUGUACGGUUAAUACUAAUAUUCAAACAAGACUUAAAGAAUAUUAAACUGUAUGAGCUACAAAUGAAGAAUAUAAUUUCAAAUGAGAAAGUAUUGGUGGUGAUUAUGGCUGCUUUACAUCAAGUAAGCAAACAGUUUGUGUUGUCGGAAGACGACAUGAACAAGAUAUUGUCUUGCGCAACAUUAGUGUUAGAGUUGGAAGAUAUUUUGCAUAAACUAUCCACCUUUAUUUCUGGUAAAUUGUCUAAAUUUGCACCAAAUGUUUCAGCUAUAAUUGGACCAAUAGCCACAUCUCAACUAUUGAUAGCAACAGGCUCUUUAAAACAAUUAGCCCAAACGCCAUCGUGUAAUUUACCAUCACUAGGAGUACGAGACCUUUCGUCUACUCAAAAGAAUGCUCCUCGUAAUAUACGACAAACGGGGUACUUGUAUCAUAGUGAUUUGGUGCGGUACUUACCACCAGAUAUAAUUAGAUCUGUAAUGAGAAUAGUAAGUGGUAAGGUAAUUCUUGCUGCUAGAAUCGAUUUAUCAAAAUCCAACCCCAAUGGAGAAUCAGGGCAGAAAUUUCUUGAAGAGAUAAAUGUCAAGAUUGAGAAAUUGUUGACCCCACCAGAGCAAACUCCAGACAAGGCAUUGCCGGUGCCAGUUGAACAAAAAUCAAAGAAAAGAGGUGGUAAACGAUUUAGAAAGAUGAAGGAAAGAUUUCAAAUGUCGGAAUUACGCAGUGCCCAAAACAAAAUGGAAUUCGGUAAAGAAGAAGAUACUGUCAUGGACGGUUUUGGUGAAGAAAUUGGUUUAGGUAUGACUAAGAGCGGGGGUUCUGGAAGAAUUGGUCAAAUUAAAGUGAAUACAAACACCAAUGCCAGAAUGUCCAAGGCCAUGAUUCAAAGGUUACAAAAACAACAACAAGAUACUAGACAGUUGAAACAGAGUAUGUUUGAUGAUGAUUUAGACAGUUUGAUCUUGAACAAUCCUUCGUCUAACAAGCAAGUCGGGACUUCCAAACCAGGAGAAAAGCCUAAACUAGAUCUAAAGAAUAAAUGGCUUGGUGGUAUAAGCAAGAAAAGACUAAAUGAUUCGAGCGACGAUGAAAAUAAAGAUAGAAAUAAGCAAAGAAAGCUUUGAAGUAUGUAAAACCAGUAACAACCCAGAUCUAAGAAGUGGUGCUACUAGUACUAAUUCGGGGUUCCGGCUCUUACCUGCAGGAAAACUUUUCACAACCUCUUCAUGGGAAAAUUAGUCACAAAAAAAAAUUUCAAUAUAUAAAUUUGAAUGUUUUUC